CCGCCCGCCCGCCCGCCAUGCCAGGCCUAUCGGUGCAGGAGAUCCGCGGCCUGCACAAGGACCUCGCAAAGGCCAUGGCCGACGAUGCGCCAAAGGACAUCCAGGCGCUGCUCAGCAGAUUGAAGGAAGGGGUAAAGCCUACCGAGGAUUUGAUCAGGACGACCAAGAUUGGCCAGAUCGUAGGUAAAUUGCGCGCCUCACCCCACGCAGAGAUUGCGACCAAGGCGAAAUCGCUUGUCCAAGGGUGGAAGGCUGUCAUUGACAAGGAGCGAGCCAGUAAGGGUGGUAGUGGCGGCGCUGGCGGUGGGUCGAGUACGGCUGCUAGCAGUAGUAAUGGCGGCAGCAAGGCGGGAAGUGUAGCCACGACUCCCAAGGCAGGGGCCGCUGCUUCGUCGACGCCCGUAGGCCAAUCACCUUCCGGUAGCGCCAGUCCCGCCACUCCAGCGUCAGGCUCAGCCACCACCACAGCAGCAUCAGCAUCCUCAGCAUCGAAGCAGGCAACACCGGCUGCAUCAGCACCACCACCAGCCUCGGCCCCACCCGACUUCACCCUCCUAGGCGAAAAGACACGCAAUGCCUGCCUCAAGCUCAUUUUCGACGCCCUCAAGCUUGCCGACGUCUCCCCACCCAUCCCAGAGUCGACCAUCUUUGCCAUCUCACUGGACAUCGAGUCCUCCGUCUUCGAUAAGCACUGCUCGGGGGAAGUAGGGGGCGGCGUCAACCAGGAGUAUCGCAACAAGAUGCGUUCCCUGUCCCUCAAUUUGAAGGACAAGAACAACCCUUCUUUCCGCCGCAGAGUGGUCAAAGGGGAGAUUGAGGGUGGGAAGCUCGUAGAGUUGACUCCGGCUCAGAUGGCUUCCGAGGAGAGGUUGGCAGAGAAUGAGGCGCUGCAACAACAGAAUAUGCUAGUCGCCCAGUCAGCGGCUGAACAGACUGCAGAGACCGAUGCGUUCCAGUGUGGGAGGUGUAAGCAGAGGAAGUGUCGUUACUACCAGAAACAGACGAGGAGCGCUGAUGAGCCUAUGACCACCUUUGUCACCUGUACCAACUGCAACAAUCGCUGGAAGUUCUGCUAAUCGGCGCUGGUCAGCUGACCGGUCUGGACUAUCAUUGCGAUGUUACAAUCGGCGUAGGUGUGGCUCCUCUUGUAUCCCCUACUCUCCCUCUCUCUCGUCUCUCUCUUUCACCGCUUGUAAUCUAAACCCCCCCAUCCUUCGCUCCUUCGCAUUCAUCCCCGCCUCCCUCUGCUCCCACGACUCAACUGCGCCGCCCUCGAAUCGCUCAGAAUCCUGUAGGGCGU